GAAGGCACUUGGGAUGUGAGAAAGAGGCACCAAGGAAGGGCAUUUCCCUCUUCUCUCAGCCCUUCCUCUGAAGGAAAAGUCCCUGAAGUUAAAACAAAGCAACUGAAUUAUUUGGAAACUUCGGAUGACCACAAAUCAGGCGGCCAAGAAAUCGAAAGCUCGGGACUCCAGGAAGUGAAAUGGGAUCAGGUGGAGACCGGCUUGGGGGAAGAUCUGCAGUUCAAUCCAAUAUCUUCUCUCCAGGUCCCAGGAUAGAGUCACUGUUUAACUAAGGUGGGGCGGUGUCUGCCGUGCCCAUAUAUGGAAGAGCCCAAGGGGAAGAAGCAAGCAGACACCCGGGCAGCCGACCGUCAGCCAACUGUUUCUGCAAAGGAACUGCCACUGUGCAACCACCAGUAUCCUCCAUUACCCUCCAUCCUGCGGAGCGGCUGCAGCCAAGCCGGCGGGACCCACCUAGUCCCAACGUGGCUCCCUGCGGGGGAGUCCUGCUGACCAGGCUGCAUCAAUACACCUGUCUUCAAAACAGGAAAGAUCUGAUACCUCUUCUAAGAAGAAUCAUGGCACACAACCAGCAGUUUCCAGCCAAGACCCCCAUCAUCAAAUUCAAGGAGCAGGACUUUUACUCCUUGCGGGAUCAUUGCCUAAACAGAGGGCUGCUGUUUGAGGAUGAGACAUUCCCUGCCGAGACUUAUUCUAUAGGUCUGCAGCUCCUCAAGGGAAAAAACCUCUCCAACCUAAGCUGGAUGCGGCCAAAGGAUUUAUUGAAGGGUAAGUCAGAGCCUCUCUUCAUCCUGGAAGGUGCAAGCAGAUUCGAUAUCCAACAAGGAGAGGCAGGAGAUUGCUGGUUCCUGGCAGCACUGGGGGCCUUGACACAGAGUCCACAGUAUCUGCAGAAGAUCCUCAUAGACCAAAGCUUUUCAUACCAGUAUGCGGGGAUUUUCCAUUUUCUGUUCUGGCGGUGUGGCCAGUGGGUGGAAGUGGUCAUUGACGAUCGCCUACCUGUCCUGAACAACGAGUACCUCUUUGUCAAACCUCGCAACAAGCGAGAGUUUUGGCCGUGCCUGCUGGAGAAGGCCUACGCCAAGUUUCAUGGGUCCUACGCCAACCUGCACUACGGCUACCUCCCCGAUGCCCUGGUGGACCUCACGGGAGGGGUGGUCACCAACAUCAGCCUGCACUCAUCCUCGUCUGACCUGAUGACGAUGGUGAAGACAGCCGCGGAGGCAGGCUCUCUGAUGACCUGCAGCACCCUGGCCGGGCCCACAAGCGAGUCCAUGACAAUGGCAAAUGGGCUGGUGAGCCGGCAUGCCUACACAGUGACUGGUGCUGAGCAGAUUGAGUACAGGAGGAGCUGGGAGUAUCUUAUCCGCCUGUGGAACCCCUGGGGCAAGAUCGAAUGGAGAGGGCGCUGGAGCGACCGGUCUCCGGAGUGGCAGGAAACCCACGACCAACGGAAAAGCCAGCUGUAUGAGGAUAAGGACAAUGGCGAGUUUUGGAUGUCAUGUCAAGAUUUCCGAGAUAACUUCUUUGGCCUGUUUAUAUGUAACCAAGUUCCAAUCAGCCUGGACCAUGGAAGCACGCCCCAUGAAAGAUGGUCCCAAAUGAUGUUUAAGGACCACUUAAUUCCAGGAAACACUGAAGGAUACCAGAGGGGCAUGCAAUACAUCUUCUCUGUGCCAGACAGCAUGGAAAACAACAAUGUCAUCAUGUCCUUCAACAUUGGGCCACAAAAUUUAAAGGCAAAAGACAGGACAUUUCCACUGAAGUAUGAGGUGUUCAAGGUCGACUAUCAGUUCCAGCACUUCCAAGACAGAUUGCCAUCCACCUUCUUCUCCCAAUUCAGAAUUGCUGAGAAGGGCAUUGUGUCUGAAACCACGUGCAACCUCACAGAGUGCUUCAGUCUGAGCCCCGGGACCUACGUGGUGGUCGUCUCUGAGGGCAGAGAAGCUGUUGAAUUCUUGCUCCGAAUCUUCCUGAAGAUGCCAAACAGUGACAGGAACCUGGACGGCAGUCUCAACCUGAGAGCCCUGCAGGCAAGUCUUCCAGAAAAUGGCUCCCAGCAGAGCACUUUCUACAAGUACGCUCAGCAGGGGCUGGACAUUGAUGCCACGCAGCUUCAGAGCCUUCUCAACCGGGAAUUCCUAAGAGGACCCCCAGGGGAAGCGUUCUCCUUGGAUGAGUGCCGCAGCCUCGUGGCUCUGAUGGAUCUGAAGGUGAACGGGCGACUUGACCAAGAGGAGUUUUCAAGGCUGUGGAGCCGUCUCGUCCACUGCCAGAGUGUUUUCCAGAACUCCCCAAAGAAUGCUGGUGUUUUCCUCAGCUCAGAUUUGUGGAAGGCCAUAAGGGACACAGGUGUUUCUGAUCUCCCGAGGUGGAGGACCACAGCCGUUCCUCCCUGCUCACCAGCUCCCCCACUGUGUCCCAGGCUUCCUCGCAGGGAUCUCCAUCACCAGCGAGCUGCUGGACCUCAUGAAACUCCGGUACAGCGACAGCACUGGCAGGGUCAGCUUCCCCAGCCUGGUCUGCUUACUGAUGCGGCUGGAAGCCAUGGCAAAAGCUUUCCAGAACCUCUCCAAGGAUGGAAAAGGACUCUACCUGACAGAAAUGGAGUGGAUGAACCUGGUGAUGUACAACUGAAGCCAGGAGAAGAACAGGCAUCAGAGCCCAGGAGACUGAUCCAAGAAAAUACUUCUAUGAUUUAUAGCAAAGAGCAUUCUGCCUAUGUUCUCUUCUAGGAGUUUAACAUGAGGGAGUGUUCAAAUCUCAUUGUUUUACAUGUGACUGUCCAGUUUUCCCAGGGCUGCCUGUUGAAGAAUCUGUCUUCUUUCCAUUGUAUAUUCUAGCCUCCUUUGUCAUAGGUUAAUUAACUAUAGUUAUGUGUAUUUACUUCUGGACCCUCAGUUCUGUUCCAUUAUCUAUGUGUCUGUCUUCAUGCCAGUACUGUGCCAUUCUGAUUAUUGUAGCUUUGUAUUAUUGUGUAAAAUCUGGAAAGAUUGUACUUCUAGCUUUGUUCUUUUUCCUCAGCAUUGCUUUAGCAAUUUAAUCUUUCAUGGUUCCAUGUAAGUUUUAGGAUUAUUUGUUAUGCUUCUGUGAAAAAUGUUCUUGGUAGUUUGAUAGGAAUUGCAUUAAAUCUGUAGAUUGUUUUGGGUGGUACGGUCAUUUUAAUAAUGUUAAUUAUUUUAAUACAAGAGCAUGGAAUAUCUUUCCAUUUCUUUGAAUCAUCUUCAAUUUCCUUCAUCUCACCAACAAUUUUCAUUGUCUAUCAUAUUUGUGUUAGCUAUCCUGGAGGGUAUGAAGUGAUAUCUCAUUAAGGUUUUGACUUACAGUUUCCUGAUAGCUUGUGGUAUUGAGUAUCUUUUUGUUGUCUACUGGCCAUUUGUAUAUCUUCUUUUGAGAAAUGUCUAUUCAAAUCCUUUGUUUAAUAUUGGGUUUUUUAUCAUUUUGUUGCUGAGUUGUAAGAUACAGACACACAUUACAUACAUACAUUCUUGUUACCAGUCCCUUAUCAUAUAUGUGAUUUGCAAAAUUUUCUCCCAUCCUGUAGGUUGUCUUUUAAGUUUCUUGAUGGUAUCAUUUUCAGAAUUUUAUCAAGUCUAACUUAUCUGUUUUUCUUUUGUCACUUAACACUUUUGGUAUUAUGUCUAAGAAAUCAUUGCCUAAC